UACUUUUUAAUUAAAUGAGCAAUAAUCAAUACAAUAAUAAAAAGUUGGCUCCAUUUAAAAAAUAAAGAGAUACUCUCAAAGAAGAGUUCAAAAGACUUCAUUAAGAAUAAGUAGAAGAAGAAAAAUUGAAUGAUUUUUAUUUUGACGAGAUAGGUAGAGUAGAAAAAGUAUUUAAAUAAAAUAUCUUUUAGGAGUAUGAAUCUUUGAUUAAAUCUAUGGAAGAAUACAGUAAACAUAAUCAGACAUUAAAAACUAUUCGUCAAACAGACUAAAAUUAAGGUUUGGAUGAGAUGGUAGAAAAUAAUGUGAUUUAAACAUUAAAUCUAUUUCUUCUAAGCACCAGCAAAAAAGAGUAUUUAGAAAGUAUUUAAGAACAAGAAAUAUCAAAGAGAUAGUUAUAAGUUGGAAAUCUGAUAAUGACUUAGAAUUAGCAAAAAGAAGAAAAAAAGAAAGAAUAGGAAGAUGAAAAAGUAAUUAUAGAAAAUGGAUACUAUCUAACAUUAAAAUAAGGACAUAGCUCUUUAAUUGUUAAAGUACCAGGAACAAUACGUACAUUUAGAGAAUUAAAACAAAUUGUGAAGUCAUGUUGUAUGGCAGAGGAAUAAGAGAUAUUUUAUGUAGAUUUAUUGGGAAAUGUACUCUAACCUGAUAUGAAUAUAUUAGAUUAACUUUAUCCUCCAAUUUAUGAGUUAUUAAAAAACUAUCAACCUGCUAUAGGUAUACAAAUUGUAAAAUAAAAAAAAACUAAAGAAGAUACAAAAUAAACAGAAGCAGAUUUUGGAUUUGAAGGAGGUAUCUAAGAAUUAAUGACUAAAUAACUUAGAUCAAUAAGGAGAAUAGAAAAGGAUAUAAAUUGGUCUAAAUAUAUGGAUUACUUAACAAGAUUCAAGUAUAUUUUAGAAUCUAUUUUGUUCUUAUCGCUUUUAAUUCUUUAUACAAUUGUUGAAAUCAAUGAAAUAGAUUUUUUUACCAACUCUUAAUUAUUACAAAAUUUAAACUUAAAUAUGGCUAUUUAAAAAUCAUACAUCUCUCCAAUCAUUAAUAUAUCAGAAAUUAUUUCACUAUCAAUAUCAAAUGGAUCAACUAAUCCGACGUAUCCUCUCAAAUCUGGUUUGCUUGUUUAAACUCUUGUUGGUAUAGUAAAUAUUUAAUGAUAAUUAGGAUGACAUCAACAAUUGUCAAAUAUUAAAUUAAAAUCAAAAAUAAAUUUUUGUUGAUUUAAAUUAAUCAUGUUUAUAAUUUGACAUAACAUAAACAAGUGAUUUAAAUAAAAACUAUUCCAAAUCAAAUUUUGACCCUAAAGUUUACAAUGAGCAAUUUGGAGGUUAUAUUUGGGAAUUUAAUUUGACUUCAAGGUCAUCAUUUAAAGAUAGUUAUGAUUUAAUGAUGUCUGAAAAUUGGUUGUAAUUUAAUAUAAAAGAAUCUCAAUUCAUUUUAAAUUAUUAUAAUAGUCCAACAUAAAGACUUGUAUAAGUCACAAUCACUACUCUUUACUUAUUCAAUGAUGUAAAUAUUAAUUAAUUUAAUCUUUAGCGUCUUCUCAAUUAUAAUAGUUUUAAAGCAGAAGCAUUUAAUUUAAGUGAAAUUUCACAAUAAGUUCUAGUUAACAAAGAUAUUAUAUUUUAUUGUUCUAUUGUUCUAUUAAUCUCCUCAUUUUUCGGUAGAGAACAUAUAUAUUUAUUAGAUUUUUUCGGUUUAUACUUUUAAGGAACUAAAAAUAAUCUGAUUGUCAUAUACUUAUAAUAUAUGGAUUUAUUAAAUAGGAAAAAAAAAAUGGAAGCUAAAAAAAAGGAAAUUAGUGAAAGUGAUUUAAAGGAUAUAUAAUAGAAAGAAUUGAUUGUAGGAGAAUAUAUAAUUAUCAAUUUAAAAGUGGUUUACAUUACAAUUAGAAUUCCUCUUGUUUUUGAUUACAUCUGUAAAUUAAAAAUAUGAAUAUUAGAUAUAUUAUGCUAAUUUUGUAUGGUUAUGAAGAACACAGUUGAUACAUUUUAUGAGGAUGCAUUAAAUGAAAUAGAUUUGUUUUCAGAUUAAUAUUAAGACACAAGUGCUUUGAUAGAACCAUUAUUUGUGAAUAGAUUGUUUUCAGCUAUUUUAGUGAUAUUUUUAAUGAUUUCUAUUGUGAGAUUUAUGGGAAAUUGGAGUCCAUACCUAAAAUGUUAUGGAUUAGUUAUGAUAAGAGUAAACAAUUUUAAUUUUAUUAUAUAAUAGUUCAAUAAAGAGUCUUGGUUUUUGUUACUUGUUUUGAUGUACAUAAUAAGUGUUUGUGCAAUGUCAUGGAUCGUAACAAUUCAGGCAAGACUUGUUAAUCAUGAUAAUUUUUUUUAUACAUUUUUGGGAUUGCUUAGAUGCACAUUAAGGUUUGGAUUAGACAAUGAUAUAGAAUAAUAAGGGUUUUACAAUACUUAUGCUAAAGAAUUAAUCUAUUCUUUCGAGACAAAAUAUGUAAUAAUAAUAGUUUAAAAUAUUAGUUACAAUACAUUAUUAUAAUUACAAUCACUAUGAUAAUGAUUCCAAUAUUCAUUUCUCUAAUGACUGACUUAGUACAAAAUACAAAAGUAGAAGCAAAACAAAAGAUGAUGGAAAUGAGAAAGUAAAAUAAAGAAUGA